AUGGAACAACAACUUGUCAUUACCAACACCGUCUUCCAGCAAAAGGACAGUCUCAAGACAACAUGGAUGCAUCCUCGUUCUAAACACUGGCACCUCAUUGACUAUGUCUUAGUGCGUGGACGUGACCUAAACGACAUCCUUCACACCAGAGUGAUGCCCAGCGCAGAAUGUCAUACUGACCAUCGCCUAGUGCGCUGCAAACUCAGGAUGCAUUUCAAACCUAAGCUAAGAAAGGGAGGCCCCCGCAGGAAAAAGUUUGAUCUCAACAAGCUACAGUCAGCUGAAGUGAAAGCUGAGUUCCAGGUAGGCAUACAGGCCAAGCUUGAAAACAACAGCUGCCUAGAGGAUCCUUCUCCUGAAACACUAUGGAACUCGCUUAAAGCUUCCAUUCUGCAGUCAUCUGAGGAAACUAUCGGGUUUUCCAUAAAGAAGAGCAGAGAUUGGUUUGACGAAAACAACAAAGAGAUCCAGGAACUGCUGGAAAAGAAGAGAUCGGCCCACCUGUCACAUCCGUCCUGUCCUGUGAAGAAAGCUGCCUUCCGUCACAUCUGCAACAACCUCCAGCGUGAGUUUCGUGUGAUGCAAAAUGAGUGGUGGACCAAACUUGCAGCAAGAACACAGCAGUACGCCGAUGCUGGUGACUACAGAAGCUUCUAUGAAGCCAUCAGGGCUGUUUAUGGCCCCAGACACCAGGCUCAGUGUCCAUUACGCAGUGCGGAUGGACUGACACUCCUCAAAGACAAGACAUCUAUCCUUACCCGAUGGUCUGAGCACUUUCAGGCACUCUUUGGAGCUGACCGGGUUGUCCAGGACUCAGCAACCCUCCGCAUCCCCCAGCUGUCAGUCAAGGAGGAACUGGAUAUACCGCCCUCUCUGCAAGAACUUACAAAAGCCAUUGAGCAGAUGAAGAGUGGCAAAGCAGCAGGAGUUGAUGGAAUUUUACCUGAGAUAUGGAAAUGUGGAGGACCAGUGUUACACAACAAGCUCCAUGAACUCCUUGUCUGUUGUUGGGAACAGGGCAAGCUACCAGGAGACCUCCGCGAUGCAGUCAUCAUUACCUUAUACAAGAAUAAGGGGGAAAGGUCUGACUGCUCAAACUACAGGGGUAUCACUCUACUGUCCAUCGCAGGAAAAAUCUUUGCCCGAGUGCUCUUGAAUAGGCUAGUACCUGCCAUCGCAGAAGACCACUUCCCAGAAACCCAGUGUGGCUUCAGAGCAAACCGAGGUACCACAGACAUGGUCUUCGUCCUCCGUCAGCUCCAAGAGAAAUGCCGGGAACAAAAUAAAGGACUGUACAUAACGUUUGUCGACCUAACCAAGGCAUUUGACACGGUGAGCAGAAAGGGCCUCUGGCUAAUCUUGGAACGCCUCGGUUGUCCCCCAAGGUUCCUCAGUAUGAUCAUCCAGCUGCAUGAAAACCAGCGUGGCCAAGUUAGGUUAAACAGCCAUCACUCCGAAUCUUUCCCAAUCACAAACGGUGUGAAACAGGGUUGUGUCCUUGCACCGACGCUGUUCAGUAUCUUCUUCAGCGUAAUGCUCAAGCAGGCCAUGGAAGGUCUUGAUGAAGACGAGGCUGUCUACAUCCGCUACCGCCUCGAUGGCAGUCUAUUCAAUCUCAGGAGACUGCAGGCCCACACAAAAACUUGUGAGCAAAUAUUUAGAGACCUUCUCUUUGCCGAUGAUGCUGCCCUCGUUGCCCAUACCGAAAGAGCCCUGCAGUGCUUGACAUCCUGCUUUGCGGAGGCUGCUCAACUCUUCGGACUCGAAGUCAGCUUGAAGAAGACGGAAGUCCUCCAUCAACCUGCACCCCGGGAAGAGUACCGCCUUCCUCACAUCACUAUUGGCGAGACUGUGUUGAAGAGCGUUCACCAGUUUACCUACCUGGGAUGUACAAUUACUUCAGACGCCAAGAUUGACAGGGAAGUAGACAACAGACUGGCCAAAGCUAACAGUGCCUUCGGCAGACUGUACAAGCGGGUCUGGAGAAAUAAGCAUCUGAAAAGGGGCACCAAGAUCAGCGUAUACAGAGCUGUUGUCCUCACCACCCUACUGUACGGUUCUGAGUCGUGGGUAACUUACCGCCACCACAUGCGACUCCUGGAGCGUUUCCAUCAGCGCUGUCUCCGGAUCAUCCUCAACAUUCACUGGACCGACUAUGUCACAAAUGUUGAGGUCCUUGAACAGGCGGAGAUCCCCAGUAUCGAGGCCAUGCUGCUGAAGACUCAGCUCCGUUGGGCAGGACACAUCUCAAGAAUGGAAGACCAUCGCCUGCCCAAGAUAGCCCUGUACGGCGAACUUUCUACUGGCAAUCGUGACAGAGGGGCUCCAAAGAAACGCUUCAAGGACAUCCUGAAGAAGUCCCUCGGUACAUGCCAUAUCGAUCAUUGCCAGUGGUCUACUCUGGCUGCUGACCGUGCUAGCUGGCGACAUAUAGUCCAUCAGGCUGCCUCUUCUUUCGAGGAAUCCCGAAAAGAUCACCUGAGGGAGAAACGUCGCCGCAGAAAGAAUCGCGAAGCCUCAGCAGCCACACCAAACGUGACUUUUGACUGCGGCCGCUGUGGCCGGGCCUGUCUAUCACGUAUUGGCCUUGUGAGUCACAUGCGUGCCUGCAGUCGACGUGGACUGCCUUUAUAA